AUGAAGCCGACAGACAAAGCCACCAACGCCAAAUCGUCGGUGUUUUCAGACGAUGGGCCUUCCAGCUCGCCCACCACGCCAUCAGAGGCUGGACUCAGCAGAACCAAGCGACGUGCGCCUGACUCCAAAUCCAGUCCAAAAGCCAAGAGACAGGUAUCGAACUCCAUGGGCGACGAGUUUGAUCUAGAAAUGAGCCUCUCUUCUGACGACGAUAUGAGCACAUUCAAGCGGCCUCCUCCAAAGCCCAAGUUCUCGCGGUCCACGAACUCAGUAUCAGAACCCAAGAAGAUCACAAAGGUCCAUGGAGGCAUCGCAAAGUCGCUGUCUGAGUUCAUCAUGGGUCCCAAUUUCAAGAUGCCUGAACCCAAGAAACAAACCCCCGAGCCCAAACCAGCUGAAAAGACCAAGUCGGCUCCUACAUCCUCAUUGUCAAAAGCUGCACCUUCGUCGAAGGCUCCAGCUGUUGACACUGCCCCAAUGGAAUCUUCUUCUUCAAAGUCUGCUGUGCUUCCUACCCCUCCAGUGUUUGUUGCAGCUAAGACAGGAAAGGUCCAGAACAAACCCAGGCCUUCGGAGAUGGCCAAGUUGGCCAAACGCCGUACAAAGUCCGAAAUCAUAGCGAGGAGACUGGGUAAAUCUAGAGAGGAGGCGGCAAAAAUGAUGGAAACAUGGCAAGCAGCAAAGUCAGCAGAGUCAACACAGACUACUGUUGGCCAGUCAGCUCAACCUAGUCUUGCCACUGCUUCCAAGGCCGCAUCUUCUGCCCAGCAAACUUCUACAGCCAAGCCGAGCCAUGUGUCUUCUUCAAAGAACGCCGCGCAUAAGACGCCUGCUGUUGGCACACCUGCGGAGACACUCUCUAUGGCUACACAGAAGACAUCUGUUGCACAACGGACACCUGCUGCACAAAGGACACCAGCUGCGAGGAGACCUUCCCCACACACAGCGCGAGCAACACCAACAUCUGUGAGAAAAUAA